AUGCGGUCCGUACGCGUGUGGGCGAGGGGCGUGCACGACUAUGUGCGUGUGCGUUCUAGACAAGGCCUGCACGCACGUAUCCCUCUCCGCGCAGGCGUAUCGUUCGGUGCGGCCAUGAGCCGCGGCGAUCGGGCCCAGCAGGAGGAUGCCAUGUCGACUGCGUGUGUCAUGCUUCCGUGUGAGCAGCUGCGACAGAAUCUAUUGCAGAAUGUAUCGCGACGUGCGAAGCGUGAUCCGUGGUAUGGCUGGACGUGUGACGAGGCGGGUGGUGAGGAGCUCGCGGCACAAGUCGUGUGGUUCGGCUGCUUUGACGGCCACGGCGGACCGCAAGUGUCACAGCUGCUGCAGAACAAGUUGCACCAUGUGUUUGAAGAGGCGGAUUCAAGUAUGGUGCAGGAUACCGUGCGGUACACGUGCUCUAUAGGCGGCUAUUUCGGUCGAUUCCAAGGCGGAGCCCUCGAGCGCCUAGUCGAUCCAACUCAACUACGCCGACCCUGCGCGGCGCCCGCAUCGCUUGAAGCUUUGGCUGACGCGGCGCACGCAUCAGAUCUCGAGCACUACGUCGCGCUCGAUGCGGAUCAAGGUGCCGUACAUACUCAGCGACAUCUUGCUCCCUCUACCGCCCAAAUGUCGAUGCAAGAGCGGGCUACCCUGGCGUGGCUCAUGAUGGAUCGCGAAAUACAGCAAAAUGAGGCGUACCGCGGGGCUGGAUCGACCGCCUCGGUCCUUCUUCUGCACAGCCUCGAUGUGCCCACAGCCCCGUGGUACGCAAGCGAAUACCUCGCCGUCACGACGGUGCAGCUGGGCGAUACCCGACUCGUGCUCUGCGACGCCGAAACGGGCGAGGCUAUACCACUCACUCGACUGCACCACCCGGACGAUCCUAUCGAGUCGGAUCGGCUGAGCCGGCAGGGCGCGGGCGUUCUGACGGACAGCUUUGGCGAGUCGCGCUUCCUUGGCACACUAGCUAAUACGCGGUCGUUUGGCGAUACACAGGCCAAGCGGUACGGCAUGACAGCGGAGCCUGAAGUCCAGACGCAUAUCUUGCAAGGCUCACGCUUUGCGUUCAUCGCGGGCUUUAGUGAUGGUAUUGGUGAUGUCAUGACAGACCAGGAGCUCGUGGAUGAGUGUCGCUAUGCCUCGCAUCCACAACAGGCCGCCGAGCGCAUCAUGAAGUACGCGGAAGAUCUGGGAGCCGAAGACAAUGCCACGAUCCUAUGCAUUCCCCUGCGUGGCUGGGGCGCGAUCCGUGGCGAAGACCGCACGGCUCUCCAGCGCCGCGACCGCCGACUCAAUACCGAUAUUUACCGCAAUCGACGCAAUCUCUGUCUAUGA